AUGCCCACCCCGCAUGAGGCUGAGACACAGCACACAGGGCCAGAGGAGGCAGACCAGCCCCCCCCCAUGUCCAGUCAUGAUGGAGCCCCCUCAGCGGCCCCUCCUGUGGCCACCCCAUCUGCUCCCAGCCGCAACCCCUGCUGCUUGUGCUGGUGCUGCUGCUGUUGUUGCUCCUGGAAUGAAGAGAGGCGGCGAGCUUGGCGGGCCUCUCGGGAGGCCACACUGCAGCCCCUCCCCAGCUGCGAAGUAUGCACGGCGCCGAGCCCUGAGGAGGUACGCAGCUGGGCACAGUCCUUUGACAAGCUGAUACACAGUCCGGCGGGUCGCAGUGUGUUCCGCGAGUUCCUGCGUACCGAGUACAGCGAGGAGAACAUGCUCUUCUGGCUGGCCUGCGAGGAGCUCAAGGCUGAAGCCAACCAGCAUGUGGUGGACGAGAAGGCCCGGCUCAUCUACGAGGACUACGUGUCCAUCCUGUCCCCUAAGGAGGUGAGCCUGGACUCGCGCGUGCGGGAGGGCAUCAACAAACGGAUGCAGGAGCCGUCUGCGCACACGUUCGACGAUGCACAGCUACAGAUCUACACGCUCAUGCACCGGGACUCCUACCCCCGCUUCCUCGGCUCCCCGACCUACCGUGCCCUGCUGCUCCAAGAGCCCACCCCCUCCUCCUCGGAGGCCUGA